UCUUAGAGUUAGACCGCCGAUACGUUAUACGUAUCCCUCCUGAAUCAUCCGCCGUCUUCCCACUUGACCUGAUUUUUGGCUCCUCUGUAGGUGUUUGACAGCGCUGGUCUCCACUCAACUGAUUUGCAAUCCCAUGUUGCCACUUAGCCCACAUUUAUGCUCAUCCUAUCAAAGGACACAAUAUAAGGGAAGCUUGUUUACGGGACAUUUGGCAACAUGACAUUGAAAAAGGCGUCAGGACGCCUAGUGCCGCGCUGCGCCGCGUCGUCGCGUCGCGCCGCUGAGACCGGUGUGGUCGUUAACGACAUACAUUUAAUAGUGUAAAGGUGCUCGUGCUCUCAAAAACUCAGUAAUGAAUACUCUUGUAUGUUAUCUUUGACCAUUUGAAUGAGUAAUCGCGAGAGUAAUUGUCAUAGGGCCUCACCACCCUAGCCACAAAAAGUCGUGCUUUCAUGUAUUUUCAAUCAGUUCUAAUUAAUUAGUGCUAGAAACAACGAUAACAAGGAACCUGAUGGAGCUGUUAACAAGCCUGUUGCCACUACCCCUGAAUUCGGUGCUAAUUUUUGUGAGCAUCGGGCUAUUGGCAUGGUACUACCUCGAGGAAAAGCUGAGCUACUGGUCACGACGUGGAGUGCCCUACUUGCCGGCCUUGAAGUGCUUAGUUCAGGAUCUAGCUUUCUUCUUCAAGCGGAAAAGUAUAACAGAAAUAUUCGCUGAGCAGCACCGACUAUUGAAGGGGCACAAGUACGGGGGCGCGUUCCAGAUGCUCCAGCCGUCAAUCAUCCUCCGAGACCCAGCCAUGAUCAAGGAGUGGCUCGUCAAGGGCUUCUCCAGCUUCCACGAUCGCGGGCCGGAACCCAACGAAAAAGCUGACAAACUUUCCGGGAAUCUCUUUCAGCUUGGUGGAGACAGAUGGCGGAGGGUACGGCACAAGUUGUCGCCAGCGUUCAGUUCGGCCAAGCUGAAGAUCAUGUACGAAACUUUGAAAGACUGCGCCGAAGAGUGCAAUACUCAUUUGGAGGCGCGGUGCGCGAGCCGGGGCGAAACGGAGGUCGACAUCAAAGACCUCGUGAUCAACUACACGCUGGACGUGAUAGGGGCUUGCGCCAUGGGCAUCAAAUGCAAUGCAGUCCAAGAUCCGGAAAACUGCGAGAUGAAAAGGGUCCUGCGAGAGCUGUUCCGAUCCAGCUGGCGACAGUCCUGCUACCAGCUGAUGGAGGUGGUCCAUCCUAAGCUUCCGGAGUUGUUCGGUCUAUCGCCGAGGCAGCCGGCCAUAGAGCAAUUCCUCAUGGCCAUCACCAAGGACGCAAUGGAGAUGAAGACCAAGGCCGGGCAGUCCAACAGGAAGGACUUUCUCCAGAUCCUCAUGAAAAUCAGCAGCUCCGAGAGCGAAGUUACCCGGGACUCCAACGAGGACCUUACGCUCUUGGAUGGCGGUGUCAUCGAUGAAGGCCCGCUAUUCUGGACGGAGAAUCUGAUAUCGGGAGUCAUCACAUCAUUCCUCUUCGCCGGACUUGAGCCUGUGUCCGCCACUGCAAUAUUUUGUCUCUUCGAAUUAGUUCACUAUCCUGAGAUCCAAGAGAGGCUUUUCGAGGAGAUCCAAGCCGUGAGGAAAGAAUCAGGCGGCGAAAUCAAGUACGAAGAUCUCAAAAAGCUCCGUUACCUGGACCAGGUCGUUAAUGAGACUCUUCGGAAGCAUCCGGUCGCUGGACUUCUAGGCAGAAAUUGCACGGAGCCAUUUCAAAUUCCGGGUACAUCAGUUGUUGUGGAGAAAGACGUCAAGCUCUUCGUUUCAACCUACUGUCUUCACCGUGACCCAGAAUAUUUCCCUGAGCCCGACAAAUUCGACCCUGAGCGAUUUUCCGAGGAAAACGUUGACAAGAUCAUACCAGGAUCAUAUCUACCUUUUGGGGAAGGACCCAGAUUUUGUAUCGCUCAGCGACUAGCGUUGAUGGACGUGAAAACCAUGGUGAUCACCUUGAUUUCCGGUUACACUCUUCACAGAUGCGCGAAAACCGCUGAUCGUCUCGAAAUGGAUAAAACAACUUUCACUCUCAGUCCAAAAGACCCAGUUUGGUUACGACUGAAAAAGCGACUUUAAUUUACGGGAGAAAAAUCUCAUCGAUAUCGUCAGCAGCAAAUCUUAGUAGAAUCGCGGUAAGACGGCCACGCUAAAGUUCGAGUUUUGCAUGCGUCGUGUGAUUGAAGAGUUCCUAAUUUUAGGGCAGUUUUUGUGUUCAGAAAAUUUCAAAUUUUAUGUUCAAGCAACACUUAUUAGAAGUGUCUUAAACAAGGCAGUUCUGAAACAUUUUUUGGUUGAAAAUGAGAUUUGAAUGAUGAAAUGAAAAAUUGAUGGAGCAGUAUUUUUGACAUCAAUGCAAGAGUUUCAAGUUCGCUUGUGGUACCUACUUGAGGUACUAUGCUUCAUCUGAUUUAAAAUGUAAUUUUCAUUAAAAAGGCAAGACUGUUUAACUUCAUCUGUGGCACCAGAUUGACAGCCAACUUAACUUAUUACGUCAGUUUGUAUUUAACAAGAUUAUUUUGUUGGUGAUGCAUUGUUUUCUAUUUUGUCACUCAGUUUUUUGCCGAGACCUUGGGCCAAAUUUCGUGAGGCGUUUAGAAUAAAGCACAACCGUAUUUAAGUUCGGUCUAAAACCCCUGAUUGACUAGUGCCGUUGCUUCAAUUUAAGUUCAUCGACGGCGACGGAUCUGUGGCGUGGCGUGAAUGAUCGCUUAUCAAUAUUUCUCCAUUUGAAGCUAUGGUAAAGAAUCGAUUAUCAAGGUGUUCGCUGCGAAAAUCUUGUUUAUCGAUCCUUUUCCAUAGGUUUGAAUGACAGAUCAAUCGAUAUAUUGCAAAGCACGCCAUGCCACUGCGACGGAUGUUGUUAUUUGGUGCUAAAGCGCCCACGCAAUUUGGCUCUUAGUUUAUCUACUCAAGGCUUUGUUUUAAAAAAAAAAUCUCGCUCCUAGGUUAGCUUGCUUUAAGUACAGUAUUUAAUUCAUGUAUCAUUUUUGCUGUGCCUUUUUAAAUUUGUUGUAUUAUUAGGUAGAUUGUAUUAUAUUUUUUUACUGUAAUAAGUUAUAUUCUUGAAUAAUUAAAAUAAUGGUAAGUGAAAACAAGAGUUAGUAAAUCUUUUAAUUAAAAAUCUUAAAAAGGAAAUCCAGCAAUUUUCAACCCACAAAUAAAUAUCAUUAAUGUCUUGAAUACAGUAACUUGUACAAAUUUUAACCGAAUAAUGUAAAAGAUAUUAGAUUUUUUAAAAAAACUACUUAACCACCGAAGUAAAUAAGCAUCACCAUAAGUAUAUAUGAGAGACCCCCUCGAAUGUUAAGCUGGCUACCUUCUGACGUUUAAAAAAAUAAAUAAACAAAAACCCUAUCUGUUUCCUCAAUUGGAAGAAAGGUUUGGAUGCAAUCCAGAGAGGGUUGCAGGAUAUUACCUCUGCA